GAUUCACACACCAGAAAAACAGUCUGAGUGUUAGCAGUUAUUAGAUCAGACACAGAACUGUUAAAGAAAAUGUUUCAUGUGCUUGCUUUAUUCUGUUUGUGCUGGUUGCGUUUGACUGGUGUGUUUGGUGCCGAGACAAAUGAAACACAGUCAUUGUUAGUAAUGGAGGGAGAUUCUGUUACUCUACACACUGAUGUUACUGAAAUACAUGAAGAUGAUGAAAUAAUGUGGAAUUUUGGAGCUAAUAACUCUCUGAUAGCUCAAAUAAAUAGAGCUUCUGGAAUCUUCUUCACAUGUAAUGAUGAGAGAUUCAGAGACAGACUGAAGCUGGACGAUCAAACUGGAUCUCUGAUCAUCACAAACAUCACAACUCAACAUACUGGACGUUAUGAAGUAAAGAUAAUUGCAGCUAAACUGUCUUCAAAAACAUUCAAUGUUUCUGUCUAUGCUCAUCUGCCCACUCUUAACAUUACCAGAGACUAUUCUCAAAAUCUUUUAUCUUCAUCACAGCAGAAUUGUUCAUUGUUGUGUUCAGUGGUGAAUGUGGGUCAUGUGACUCUCUCCUGGUACAAAGGAAACAGUUUAUUGUCCAGCAUCAGUGUGUCUGAUCUCAGCAUCAGUCUCUCUCUACCUCUGGAGGUGGAAUAUCAGGAUAACAACACCUACAGCUGUGUGCUCAACAAUCCCAUCAGCAACCAGACUCAACAUCUGGACAUCAUUCAACUCUGUCAGAUGCGUUCAGGACAGGGGCUAUACAUAUUGCUGAUCUCUGCUGCUGGAUCUCUGUUGAUUGUAGCUGCAGUCGUGAUGUGCUGCAUUUGCAAGAAAUGUAGAAAACCAGUCCAAACCCAGGAAGAAGACUCCGAUUCAGCAUUGUGUAAACCAAAAACACAAAAAAAGAAAUCAAAGUCGGAUGCUGUGUAUGAAAAUGUUCCCAAAAAACGAUGAUCGGAUACUGUAUAUACUGGAACUGACCUUAGAGUUCAUACAAGCCCCUGCCUCACACCUUUUGGUUUUUAUUCUCUGCCCAGUUGUCUCAGUUUUAUUUUGCAUCUUUUGAUUUCCUCUUUUUUUUUUUUUUUUUGUAAAUGUACUCAGAUUAUUGUGAAAUAUUGUUGAUCUGUUUAAUUUAGUGGCUCACAAAAAGCACAUCAUAAAUGUUCUCUAUCAUAUGGAAACGUGAAUUCCAUCCAAUGUGCCUCCUUUUCUGCAUAUCACUGCUCCUGUUUUAUCCUUCUUAGAAAAUUGAAGUGCAUUACAUAGUGGUCUACAGUAUCAUCACACACAAUAUGCUCUGCUGGACAUUUUAGCACUUGUAGCACAACAUCGCUCUCUAGUGUCCAAAGAACAACAUUUUUAAUAGAGCUACUUUUACCUGAUAGAAUGCCCUGUAAAUACAUGCUGCUGGAAACGCUAAAGAACCAACAGGCUAAUGUACAAAAAAUACGCCUUAACUGAUGCCUGUUUGAACAAUACUAAAUUCAUUUAUAGCUGCAGAUAUUUCCAUCUUGUUAUAUCAGCUGCAUGUUACACAUAAUGCAGGGCAACACACCUGCUAUAGGCCCUGAAGAUAAAGACAGACGGUUAUUAAUGCUAAAGAUCUGAUAAUCGGCUUUACUUAUAUUUUUGACCAAUUCACAUUGUCCUACUCUGGUCAUAACUUUUAUGGCAUAGAUUUAAUUGAUAAAUGGUGCCAUCUGGUAGAGUUCAAACAGCAGGUAUAACAACCUCAGUACUAUGAGCAGGAAACAUCAGAGAACUAGUUUAUGCCAUUUUUCUUUUCUUUUUUGUUACUAACAUUAAACUUGAAAGUCAUAAAAUUCAUAACUGAGUAUGAUGGUUCAAUAUAAAAAAAUAUAAAAAAUUAUCUCUAAAUAGCUUAGAUGUAGUAGGCUAAACUACUUUUGCCAUGUUGCUUUAGCUUAGCUUGCUACAUUUCCCAGGGCUGUAGCUUUAGUGUAGUGAGGCUUCAUUUAAUGAAGAGUAACUGUUAGCUUAGCUAUCUACAUUUUCCAAGUAGCUUGCCCAACACUGAACAUUUUUCUACUUUGGUCAUAACUUUUAUGAUAUGCAUUUAUCUGAUAAAUGGCGCCAUCUGGUGGAGGUUAAAGAGCAGGUAUAACAGCCUCAGUACUAUGAGCAAGACAGGAAACACCAGAGAACUAUUUUAUGCCAUUUUUCUUUUCUUUUCUUUUUUGUUACAAACAUUAGACUUGAAAUUCAGAAACUGAAAUAAAACUCAAUGUGAAAAUUGUGUGACUGCAUGUGAAGUUGAAUGUGAUGAUCUCAGUUGUAUGUAAAAUAUGUAAGAUGACUGCAUUUCUCAUGGAUGAUCUUGAACAGCCUAAUGACCAUCUUACAAACAACUUCAUGAUACUGUACAUGUACAUUCACACAAUUACAGCAUACUAUACUUUCAGACCCUCCUCAUGAAUAUUAGCCAUUUUAAAAGAUGGAAGAUUAAUUUAUUUUUCCACUGACUCUAAUGUUACUAACUAUUCUUUUUUUUUUCUCUCUCUCUUUUUUUUUCUUUCAUAUUUACAGUUUAAACCUGACGUAUAAGUCACUGCACUGGAAACCUACUAAAACCAUUAGAUGAUUUCUUCUAGCUAUAACAUAAAAACAGUAAAAAGUCAUUGGAAUGAAAGGGUUAAAGGUUUAGCUUACAACAAAUGAGAGUUACCAAACAACACCUCUCAUUAUAUAGCUAGUAUUCAAUUAUUUUACAAUAAAAUGUGGGUGGGGACAAAUAUUUCUGAGUAAUAUAAUUGAAGACUGUGUGCAGACAAAGGGAAUGGUUUUACCUUUAUUAAGCCAAACAAAUAGAGACAGAUGGAGAGAACUUUUCAUCAAAAACUUUUAAUGUUUCUGUCUAUGGUGAGUAGAAACACUGUUCGUCCUGACCUUCUCAUAUUCUUAUUUGAGAUUUACAUAAUCAAAUGACACACUAAACAUUCAUCCUGCACCCAGAACUGAAAAAAGGCUGUUGUGUUGCUUUAUUCAGAUUUCUGUAUAUUCUCAUAUUUUGCAGCUCGUCUGCCUGUUCCUAACAUUACCAGAGUCUGUUCUGCAUCUUCAUCACAGCAGAAUUGUUCAUUGUUGUGUUCAGUGGUGAAUGUGAGUCAUGUGACUCUCUCCUGGUACAAAGGAAACAGUUUAUUGUCCAGCAUCAGUGUGUCUGAUCUCAGCAUCAGUCUCUCUCUACCUCUGGAGGUGGAAUAUCAGGAUAACAACACCUACAGCUGUGUGCUCAACAAUCCCAUCA